GCGCGUGUUGACUUUGGAAACCCACAGCGUGCUAAUGUGGCUAACGGAGCAGAAGCUGCAGGACGGAACCAUGUCCCGGAGUUCUGGAUCAGAGAAGAGCGGUGGAAAAAGGAGUGAAGAGAACCACAGCAGUGACCAUGAACUCAGACUUGUGCUCAUUGGUCGGACAGGCUCAGGAAAGAGCGCUACAGGAAACACCAUCCUUGGCCGACAUCAUUUCCAGUCAGAGCUGAGAGCAAGCUCAGUGACGCAGGUGUGUGAGCAGGGAAGUGCUGAGUUACCCGAGGAUGAGUUUGAUAAAAACUCCAAGGUACUGGUAGUGGACAUGCCGGGAUUUGGAGACACUCGAUCAGAUCCCAACGAGGUUCACACAGAGAUGGCCAAAUGUGUGGUGCUGAGUGCUCCUGGUCCUCACGCCUUUCUGCUGGUUAUUCAGCUGGGACGCUACACAGAAGAUGAACACCGAGGGGCUCAGGAGAUGCUGCGACUGUUUGGGGAGUCUGCUGUACAGCGCCACACAAUAAUUGUAUUUACCCAUGGGGAUGAUUUGGAAGAAAGUGGUGGAGAUUUGGAGUUAUUUCUGGGUCAGGAUGCUCCAAAAGCUUUGAGAUCUUUACUGGAAAUCUGUGGAAGAAGAUACCAUGUCCUGAACAACAGGAAGUUGGAGAACAGGAAGCAGGUGAAGGAGCUGCUCAGAAAAGUGGAGAAGAUGGUGGAGGAUAAUGGAGGGCAGUAUUACACUAGCGCAAUGUUCCAGCAGGCAGAGCUUGCUAUCCGUGAGGAACAAGAGAGGCUGAUGAGCCAGGGCGCAAACAUUGAGGGGGCACUGGAGUUGACCAAGAGGAGGAGGAAAGAUUGUGAGGAGAGAUCAGUUGAGAGGGGGUGGUUACUAAAGGAAGGAUGGCAGAAAUGGAAAAAGAGAGAGAUGAGACGAGGAAGGCGUGGGCUAGAGUCUUUCCGCACUGAAGCAGCACUUUCACCAAAGGUUCUAGAGAGGGUGAAAGUGUUAGUGGCAGCUGGAGCUACAGGAUUUGCAGUGGGGGCAGUUUGUGGUGCUGUUGCCCCUUUUGCUUUGGCAGCAGGAGCCUCUGUGAUGGGUAGUUCAGUGGGUAUCACUGCAGGUGUGGCUGGGAAAACAGCUGCAGCUGUAGGGGCAGCAAUGGGAGGUGUGGUCGGUGGGGCCAGUGGGGUAUUAGUUGGAGCAGAAGCCGCAGCACCUGGGGAGGCAGCACUAGACACUAUGAAGCAGGUAGGUCUGAUGGGGGUCACAGUGGUGAGUGGAGCUGCAGUGGCAGGUGGAGCAUUGGGUAUGGGUGCAGGACUUGUGGGAGCAGGGCUUGAGGGUGGUGCUGCAAUAACCGGUGCUGAAACAGUUAACAUAGCUAAUGCUGGAGCUAUAGCUGCACCAGAGGCACUUGGGAGUGCUGUCGUGGAGGGUAUAGCAACUAGCAGUGCUCUAACAGGUGCAGUGGGAAGAAGCAGUUGCAUUCUAGCAGCAGUGACAGAGAUCGGAAGAGUCGCAGCUGGGGCGGUGCUGGCUGGAGGCCUGGUAGUGAAGGUGGUGAAGGAGAAAGUUCAUUCGGUGACUGGAUGCACAGAGAGAAAGUCAUAUGAGAUGUACUGGAAUAAAUGAGUUGCAGUACGAAGUAGACAUGCUGACUUUGUAGUAUUCAAUUGCAGUGCUAGCCUAAGCUUUCAUUUCUAUACAGCCAUCAUUAGCUGCAAUUUUCCUCGCUAAAAUAAACUUACAGUCUGGAUUUUUAGAGUUUGGCCUUUGCAGCCAAGAGAGCUACCCAGUAUACUUGUACAUCGUUAACUUAGUAACUAACACAAGCUAGUAACUCACAUUCACUGACUGAAAGAGUUGGCUAUCUACCAUAGUUUUACAUACACAGUCCUGUCUGGAGAACAUGGAGUAUUACCUUCUCCAAGGAAGACAUGCUUGAUGCUCCCUCAGAAGAAACUUUAGAAGAUGGAACUUCUCAUUUUAAUCUUGAGAAGCCUUGAGACUUAACCCUGAGAAACAAUUCUCUGUCCAAAAAUGCUGGAAGUGAAAACAUGCACAGUGAUAAUACAGCUAGCCUGUGAGCCCUCAGCACAAAUUGACUCAUGAACUUGUGUUUUAUAUUUGAUCAGUUCUCAGAGUGCCUUUUUAUUUUGUAUAUGAGCUAUGUACUUAACCUUUAUUGGCUUCAUUAAUCAGUAUUAAACAUUUUUAUACAUAUUUCUUGAAUGAAAAUCUACACUCCAUUAAGACAAAAAAACUUAGCACAUAGUUUUUGUAGUUCUGAGGAAGACUAUAUGCAUCGUAUGCAAACAUCCAUCCAUCCAUCCAUCCAUAAGCACUUCUCCUGUGCAGGGUCGCGGGUGAGCUGGAGCCUGUCCCAGCUGACUAUGGGCGAGAGGCGGGGUUCACCCUGGACAAGUCACUAGAUCAUUGCAGGGCUGACACGAAGAGAGAGAAACAACCAUUCACACUCAUUCACACCUAUGGUCAAUUUAGAGCCACCAAUUAUCCUAACCUGCAUGUCUUUGGACUGUGGGGGAAACCCACACAGACACAGGGAGAACAUGCAAACUCCACACAGAAAGGCCCCCCCGUCAGCCACUGGGCUCAAAUCCAGAGCUUUCUUGCUGUGAGGUGACAGUACUAGCCACUACACCAUCGUGCCGCCUAUAUGCAAAUAGCAUUUUCAUAGAUAUAUUCACCAAUUACAAUUUUUCCUAUUAUUUGAUCCAUGAAAUUGCUUUAAAUCCAAAGUGAAGGAAAAAGUGUUGCUUUACUUAAAUGGAAUGCUCAUAACAAUGUGCCUUACAAUAAAGCAGAACAAUAAAGCAUGCAAAUAAA